AGGUAAAAAACAGUUAAUGUUGAAUGGGUCCUACAGAUGACGUGUCUAAAUAUUAUAGGAUCAACAACGUGUCUCAAGCUUUUUGUUGGAGUAAAAGACGAAAAUAUCCCUAUCGUCAUUCUUUGCGUCAGUCAACUGAAAAAUUGAAUUUUUGUUCUAGACGAGGAAGGAAGCCAUAACUCUGGGAAAUCAAAAAUCGUUAUAAGAAGAAACAGAGAGAUUGCGACGGGGACAAAAUUCUGAUGAACCGGAGAAUCUAAGAAACGUGUUUUGUCUAAUUUCUUGCGAUUAUAAGAUGAUACAUUGGUUGAAGCAGCUGCGAUCGGCGUUUGGCGUCGCGUUUCUGUGGCUCGUUUGUCUCAUUUACUUCACUCAGGGAUUUAGAUCGUUCGUGUGGACAGCAGUUUCUUACCAGCUCAAAGACAGGCUGCAAUUAUCACCAUCAGCUUCUCAGUUUGUCUUUUCGGUGGCCUUUUUUCCAUGGAGCAUAAAACCAUUAUAUGGAAUCGUAUCAGAUUGUAUACCCAUUGGAGGGAAAAAGAGGACGCCGUAUUUGGUGUUAUCGACUGUGCUCUCUCUUGUGCCAUGGCUCUUUCUUGGUCUAGAUUCAACCUCGCGAAGUUCAAGUCUUUAUCUGAUGAUUUUCUUGACUGUACAAAAUCUGGGAUCAGCCAUGGCUGAUGUUGUGAUAGAUGCCAUGAUAGCUGAAGCAGUAAGACUUGAAAAGGCCUCGUUUGCUGGAGAUCUUCAGUCUGUCUCAUGGUUUGCAAUGGCUGUGGGUGGAGUAUGCGGUAGUUUAUUAGGAGGCUAUGCAUUAUCCAACUUGAAGAUAGAAACAAUAUUCCUCCUUUUCACGGUACUACCGACGCUACAAUUACUAUCAUGUGCUCUGGUUGAAGAAAUUCCUGCUAACAAUGAACCAUUGCCUGAGUUGUUGGAUUCGAACGAGUUUGAAGAGAAAAGCAAGUUGAGCAGUGAUAACUAUCGAGAUACGAAUAAGUCUAGUACAAGAAGAAGGAAGGGGCAGAAGAAAGGUAAGAAAGGAGCUUCCAAUGGAAAGUCUGAGAAACAGAAGAAGCAAUCAAAGUCUUUAGCUUCACAGUGGUUCCAGUCACUGAAAGCAGCCACUUUUGGUUUGGGCCGUGCGUUCAAGCAACCAAUCAUUUUGAGACCAAUGGCGUGGUUUUUCAUUGCGCAUAUCACUGUGCCAAAUCUCUCUACGGUCAUGUUCUAUUACCAAACCGAGGUCUUGCAAUUGGACGCUGCUUUCCUAGGAACUGCCCGUGUUGUUGGUUGGUUAGGUCUCAUGUUUGGAACCUUUAUCUACAAUCGCUAUCUGCAAGAUAUGACUCUACGCAAGUCUCUCUUGUUUGCUCACAUCGGGCUGUCUAUAACGAUACUCCUCGAUAUGGUUCUAGUAUCAAGAGAAAAUGUGGGCUACGGAGUUUCAGACAAGACAAUGGUGCUCUUCGGAUCAGCUCUAGGUGAUGCCAUCAAUCAACUCAAAUUCAUGCCGUUCCUGAUCUUGUCUGGUCGUCUAUGUCCACCUGGGAUCGAAGGAACACUCUUUGCGCUGUUUAUGUCGAUAAACAACCUAGGAAACACAGUUGGAUCGUUCAUGGGAGCAGGAUUGGCUUCACUUCUAGGAAUAUCAUCAGGGUCAUUUGAGAAUAUGUUUAUGGGCUUAGCCAUUCAAGUGUUUUGCACUUACAUACCUGUUUUGUUUCUUUUCUUAAUUCCAAAAGAAGCUACAGGAGUAUCAGCAUCAUAGAGCAGAGAGAGAGCAAAGCUAGUUUGUCAUAGAAAAAGUUUUAGAUCAGAGUUUUUGGAUUCUAUUUUUUUGGCAGUUUUUAACUUUCUUAAAGGCUUGGAAUUGGCACAUUAUACAGAGUGGAGACUUGUUAUAUACUAAUACUAAAAAAUAUACAGCCUCAUUUUUUU